AUGAUGGCUAAAUCUCAGUCCAAGUAUAAACAUUUUGAUGAUAUUAUUGCAGAAAUUGACCAGGAGUGUGACACAGAAGGAAUGGAUGAGGACUCUGUGAGUGACCACAGUUAUGAUUCCAGCGCGGAAGAAAUGUUUUUGGAAGGAAAAGAUCCACUUUUAGACCAUGCCAGGGACUCGGAUGAACAAUGGGAACCCACAAUGUCAAGGUGUCCAUCCCCCACUAAUUCAGACGCUGAAGCUGGUUCAUCCAGCCGGACCCCUGCUGUCUCCUGCUCCACACCUUCCCCCGCCCGGCCAUCUAGAGGUGUGAAGAGGCCAGCCCAGAAGCGGAGGAGGGCCAGUGAACCAGCGGCAACUACCACCGAGGCAGAGGACCGUUGGCACACUGUGCUAGAAGAUGAUGUGGAGCCACUUCCACCAACAUUUAGACCGAAAAGGCAGCCAGGACCUCAGCUGGACAUGACUGCAAAGUACAGCCCCCUUCAUCUUUUCCAGAUGUUUUUCUCCUUGUCAGUUCUUGAUUCGCUGGUUUCUAACACCAACAAGUAUGGGGCUAAGACACAAGCAGGCAAGAAAGAGGCAUGGAAGCCCAUUUCCAUCCAAGACCUGUACUGUUACAUCUCACUGGUUAUUUACAUGGGGUUUGUGAAGUGUAAAAACCUCAAGGACUACUGGAGAACGUCAACACUCUACCAACUGCCUUUCCCCUCCACUGUCAUGUCUUCUAAAAGGUUUCUGACUAUCUCGCAGGCGCUUCAUAUUAGUGACCCACAAGUUGACGACGACAAUGACAAGAAGAGAGGGCUCGUCGCCGACGGCAGAGAAGAGGUAUUCAGAGUGGACUUCUAG